AUGGCUCCAAUUGGUACUGGCAUCCCAUGGACUCUUCCCCCUCCUCAACGAUACGUCUUCCGUCGCGCAUCGCUCGUCGACCCCGUCGAGGGCGUCGUCCACCGCAACGUCACCGUGUCGACAGCCAACGGCCGCAUUGAGAGCGUCAUCUACGACCAGAAAGAACCCGGAGGCUCGCCGGUGAUUGUCGACAGCGACAGUAACAAUAACGACACAACCGUCGAAGUAGAUCUCCAAGGUAAAUACCUCUGCCCCGGCCUGAUCGACUGCCAUGUCCACCUGAACGCCGUGCCCGGCGAGGCCACCCUGGGCCAGAUGAAGAAGCUCCGGCCAGAGGUGAUCGCUCUACGCCAGCCGCAUCUCUGCCGGCUCAUGCUGGAGCGCGGCUUCACGACGGCACGCGACUGCGGCGGCAGCUCCAUCGCGCUGAAGGACGCCAUCGCGCAGGGCGUUGUCCGACGGCCCCGGCUCUUCAUCGCCGGCCACCAGCUCACCCAGACGGGCGGCCAUGGCGACACGCGCGACGUCUACGACACGACGCCCUGCAGCGGCGGCCACGUCUUCGGCACCAGCGGCCUGCUCUGCGACGGCGUCCCCGAGUGCCUGCGCGUCGCCCGCGACCAGCUGCGGCAGGGCGCCGACUUCCUCAAGAUCAUGACCUCCUCGGCCCCAUGA